AUGGCUUGGAGAUGCAGUGGCACAACCAACCACGAGUUGGUUUCAAAACUUUCAAAGGCAAAAAUCAUUACCAAUCCUCGUAUUAAACAAGCAAUGGAAGCAACGGAUCGUGCAUUAUUUUGCAGAAAUGCAUGGAUUCCGCAUGCUUAUGAAGAUAGACCUCUUCCGAUUAGUGAUGAAGCAACCAUUUCCGCACCUCAUAUGCACGCCUAUGCGUUGGAAUUGUUGCAAGAUCAUCUCAAACCUGGAAAUCGUGCCAUGGAUGUUGGUAGUGGAAGUGGUUAUUUGUUGGCCUGUAUGGCUGAAAUGAUGGUUCCAGAUCCCGAUCGUAUUGAACCCAACACCAAAGUCGUGGGAAUUGAAUAUUCCGAAGAAGUGUAUGCAUUUGGAAAGAAUAACAUUGAACAGAGAAGUGAAAGAAUGAAAAAACUUGUUCAACGCGGUGUGAUAGAAUUACUUCGAGGGGACGGCUGGAAGGGUUGUCCUCAACAUGGACCAUACCAUGCAAUUCACGUGGGAGCAGCUGCUGCAACACUGCCUCAAGCACUCGUCGAUCAAUUGGCACCUGGAGGACGAAUGGUGAUUCCAGUCGGUGAAUGGUCUCAAGACUUGAUGGUCAUUGACAAAGAUGUGAAUGGCAAAGUCAAAAAGCAAAGUGUUAUGGGUGUCAUGUAUGUUCCUCUCGUCAAUCCAAAUCAGUCACAGUAA